GUCUACAAAAUAAAAUAACUAACAAGCGUUCAUUACGAAUAACAAAAGGAAACCAUAAAAUUUGAAAUUUGCUCUGUGAUUUUCUAUCGGAAAUGGUUUAGUAAUCCAACAAAAAAAAAAUAUUAAUAAUAAUAAUAAUAUUUAAUAACAACGUAUUUAUAAAUACUGCGAAACGGCAUUCCAAGAAAAGUUUAUCAAUCCCCCAAGAAAAGCUUUAAAUUCAAUCGAAAACGUAAAUCAACAAUUUCUAUGAAUAUAAGCAAGCAAACUUUAUUACACUGCGACUAAUUAGACCAGCCAACGCUACUCAAAACUCAAACUUCGACCACAACCACAAUUCCACCAAAGGACACCCCCACACCGGAGCCAUGGACGAAAUGCCCGACCUGUCGCACCUCACCCCCCACGAGCGGAUGCAGAUCGAGAAUGUCCUUAUGCGGCAGAAGCAGGAGGAGGAGAAGCAGAACGAGAUCAUGCGGCGCAAACAGGACGAGGUGGUGACGCUGGAAAUGCAAAUCAGACAGCGAUCCGAGCAGCAGAAGAAGGCCGGCGUCGAGCUGGAUGCCACCUGUCACAUAUGCCUUAAGACCAAGUUCGCCGACGGAGUGGGCCACAUCUGCCACUACUGCAACAUUCGCUGCUGCGCCAGGUGCGGCGGCAAGGUGACGCUCCGCAGCAACAAGGUCAUUUGGGUGUGCAUACUGUGUCGCAAGAAGCAGGAGCUGCUCUCCAAGACUGGCCAAUGGAUCAACAAGACGGCGGCCCAACAAGAUGGUUUCAUCCGACGCAUCGAGCCGGAUGGGAGCAGCGACAUCUCGCAGCACCCCAUCGUGGACCCGCACGACACCACGGACAAGCGGCCCAAGCUGGAGAGGACGCGCAGUGCCGCCGAGAAGGAGAACCUACCCAUGCAGCGGGCGGGCAGCAUGCUGAGGCGCCAGUACUCGCAGCAGGAGCAGCCCACGAACCGCCGCCUCUCGGCCUCCGACAGCGGCAUGGAUCCCGUGAUGAGUCCUGGCCAGCAGAUGCAGCACCACCAGCAGCAGCAGCGAUCUCGAAUGCAGCCGAUGAAUCCGCAGCAGGCGCAGCAGGGAUACGGAAUGCAGCAGCAGCAACAGCCGCGAUCCGGAGGCGCCUAUCCCGAUGAUGACCCCAGAUACUAUCAGGGUGAACUGGAUGGUUUGAUGAGGCAGCAUCCCCACUUGGCGCAUCCCAGUCAGGUACAGCCGCAACAUCCGCCGCAGUCGCAGUCGCACUCGCAACAGCAGCCAUCCCAGCACCAGCAGCAACAUCUUAUGCCGCAGCAACAUCGCCCAUCGCCGCAGCAACAUUCCCAGCAGCAGCAGCAGCAACACUCGCAGCAAUUCGCGGCCAGGCAGCAGCUGCAUCAGCAGCCGCAUCAGCAGCAGCAGCAGGUUCAACAAUCGUACCACGCGCAGAUCCACCAGCAGCCGCAGCAACAUCCACAUCCCCACUCGCAGCAGCAGCAGCAGCAGCCACAUCAGCAGCUGCAGCAGCAACAUGGCCAGCCAAUGCCGCAGAUGAGCGGCUACCAAAAGCCGCCACCUCUGACCCGCAACCUGACCAUCAGCGGUGGUCAUGCGAUGGACUCCAGUGCCUACAGCCAGCAACAGCAGCAGCAGCAGCAGCGACGAGCUCUCGCAGGAUCGCAGUACGCCUCGCAGCAGCAGAGGUCCUUCAGCAGCUCCGAGGAGGAGUUCCAGCACCAGCUGUUGGCUGCCCAGGGCGCGGUGACGGUCACCGCGGGAUCGGACUAUGACGGCGGGCGCCUCCAGGUGCGCACCUCAUUGGAUCCGUGGCGCCAGCAGCGCAGCCUCAACGAACGGGAUCUGCUCAGCAGCGGCGGCGGUGGUGGUGGCGUCGGUGGUGCUGACUUCCGCCACCUGUCGCACGCCACCCAGCGGCUGUACGCCUCCGCCGAUCAGCGGGAUCGCUACGAGCUGCAGCUGCAGCACCGCGAGCGCCUCGAGCAGUAUCCUCUCACGCGCACCGCGCGCCUGGACGUCCAGCAGCGCAACUCGCUGAACCGCAGCAACCACGAGCGGCAGUUUUCUGGCGGCGGAGCAGGCGGAGGGCCAGGAGGAGCGGGUGGCGGUGGUGGUGGUGGUGCUGCUGGCGUCUACCGACGUGCCCCGCCCUUGGCAGCCGCCGGCGGCGGUGGCAGCAGCAGCAGCAGCACCACUAGCAGCAGCUACUAUCCCCAGUCGAAGCCGCAGAUUGUGAUUGGUCCGGGAUCGGGCUACGAUCGGGGAUUGGGAUCCAUGGCUUCCAUGGCAUCGGCAUCGACAGCGGCGGCGACAGCGGCGGAUGCCCAAGGUCAGGCGGCGCGGGGCAACCAGCGUGGUGGUCUGCUGGGCGCCACGAGAGGCGGCGGUGGCAGCAGUUCCGUCAGUUCCACGGAGGCUGCCUACUGGGACGAACCGGCCACCAGUUCCUCCUCAUCGGCAGCCCAAGACUCGCGGCGAUUCACCGAGCGUAGAAUAAAGAAGACGGUGCGCUUCGAUGCCCACGACGAAGAGGCCUCCAUACUGGCCAGCAGUUCACUGCCACCGGUCACGGCAAUCCUGCCCUCCACGGCCGUGGAUGUGGGUGCAGCCACCAUUCUGAGCAGUGGAAAGAGCCUAGAUGCCGGCGGAGUUGGUGGAGUUGGCGGAGCUGACUGGUCGCGAUGGGAGGCCGAGCGACAGGGUAGCCAGGACUCGGCCACCAAGGAUUCGGGCAUCGAUACCAGCAGCACGUUCACCAGCAGCGAGGACUCCAACCGAGGAGAUGGGCCCAAGAAUCCGGUGAAUUGGCAAACAUCCGCGGACAAUACUCGCCUGAUCGGGCACAUGAUAUUGCGUAAAUACUAUGAUGGGGAGGAUAUAUUAGGCUUAAAGGUCAACGGCGGUCAGCCCCUCGCAACGGGAGGAUCGGGAGCGGGAGCGGGAGCGGGAACGGGAGCGGGAGCAGCGGUAGGAGCAGGAGGUCCAUGCGGGGCCAUUGUGGAGAAGGUAAAGCGCGGAUCGGUGGCCGAUCUCGAGGGAAGGAUUCGACCAGGCGACGAGAUCCUCGAGUGGAAUGGCCGCGGGCUGCACAACAAAAGUGCCGACGAGGUCUACGACAUCAUCGACGAGAGUCGCCUGGACGCCCAGGUGGAACUGAUCGUCAGCCGGCCGAUCGGCAGCGGCGGCGGCAGUGGCGGGAGCAGCAGCAACGUCAGUCCCAUCAGCGGAGCCUCCGGCGGAUCCGCCAACAGCGUCUCCGCUCGCCGCUCCUCCGCCAACUUCCCGCACAGCGGGUUGGCGAGCAGCAUGGCCGGCAGUGCGGUGGUCAGCAGCGGGGGAAGAUAUCUGCAGCGCAAAGCUCCCGCGGUCGAGGCCAUUGAAAUCCAUCGGGACAAGCCGAGCGUGCUAAUCACCUCGCCCGGCUCGCCGGACAUCCACACCAGUGUUUCCGGACCGGGACCGGGAUCGGUAUCAGGAUCAGGACUCCGGCAACGUGGCGGCGUCGGGCAGACGCAGCGCCUGGGACCAAGCCACAGCACCCACAGCCACAGCAGCAGCGGGAGUGGCAGCGGCAGCGGCAGCAGCACCAGCAGCGUCCACGCCCCCGCCUCCGCCCACGGCCCCGCCCACGCGUUGUCGUCCGCUUCCGGUUCCGCCCCUGGCGGCCUGCACGGCACAACGACGGCGGGCCACCAUCACCACCCGCACCCGCACCACUACCACCCGCACCAGCAUCCGCUUCCGCAUCCGCAUCAGCACCAGGGUCCGCCCGCCGCCCACCUGCAAGGCCACGGGGUGGGCGGUGGCAGCGGCACCGGCACCACCACACAGCCCAUCCCCAUCGAGGGGCGGCUGCAGCUGAAGCUGGGCUACGACCAGAACACCCUGCAGCUGAUCGUGACCCUGGUCUGCGCCACCGGACUCUCCCUGCGCCAGAGCGGAGCGGGCCGCAAUCCAUAUGCAAAAGUGUUCCUUCUGCCCGAUCGAGGCCACAAAUCCAAGCGGCGGACGAAGACGGUGGGCACCACAUGCGAACCCCGAUGGGGCCAGACCUUUGUCUACUCGGGUCUGAGACGCUGCGACCUCCACGGCCGACUGCUCGAGGUAACGCUGUGGGACUAUGUGCGGUACGGGGCCAACGACUUCAUAGGCGAGGUGGUCAUCGAUCUGGCGCACCACAUCCUGGACGACGAGGCCGAGUGGUAUCAGUUGCAGCCCCACCAGGACACCUCCUAUCUCUUACGUGACGAGGGCAGCGAUGUGGACGGCCUGAUACUGACACCGACAGAUCAUUUAUCACCGCCGAGCACCAUGUCGCGCCUUAGUGACUCGGACACCACGUCCGACUGCGACAUCGAUGGAAUGACUCCGGGGGCCAGCAUCUCGUCCAUGGGCAGCUCAGCGAGUCCGCCGCCCCUGCUAGAGCUCGAUCUAAACGAGCGUCGGUCCCGACGUGACAUGUCGCCCCAGGGCCGCAAAAGGGUGGCCGGGAUGGUGGCCCGCGACUACCGCACUGUAUCUGGCAUUGGACAAAGUUACCACAAUCAGGCCUCUGCCACCGGCUACUAUCGUCGCGGAGGUGGUAAUGGUGUCGGCUCCGCCAUCGGUCCCGGUGGCAUGAGCCUCAGCCAGCGGAGUCACUCGGCGGCACCCAGCGACGGUUACCACAGCAGCAGCGGCGGAGUAGGAGGAGUUCCCUCCGGCGGUUCCGCCUACGGCUAUAGGAGCACCAGUCCCCGGCGGGGCUCCUUGUCGCCACCCGACGACCGCUACAUAGACUAUCCAGUGCUUCCAGUACACGGCUCCUCGCCCAACGCCCCAUCGGUCUACCAGGGACCGGGUGGUGCGUCCUCAGCGGCGGCGUCUGCUUCGCAGCAGCAGCGAUUCCAGUCGCGCUCGGCCACAGCCACGCCCACAGGGUCCCCAAAGAAGAGGCAACUACCACAGGUGCCGCAGACCUCCCGCAGUGCGAUGCUGCGAGAUCGACUGGGUCAGGACUUCGACGAGCGGUUGGCCUCGGGUGGUCGCUUCGGGCGGCACCGCACACGGCAGCCGCACCACCAGGCGACCUACCGCAGCACCGGAAUGGGUGGAUGGGAGCGCCAUUACACGGGUCUGUCGGACAGCGACCUGCACUCGAUGGACGCGCGGAUGCGACCAAGACACUCGCUCUCGCCGGACAAGGACUUCAUGGGCGAGUUCGGCGACUCGGACAUGGAGUCGGUGGUCAGCGUGACCUCCAGCGCCUUCUCCACGCAGUCGGAGCGACCGCGCACGUCGCGCGGACUCAGCUUCCCCCGCAACUGGCGCAAUCUCUUUGGCGUCCGCAACAGUUUCCUCGGGGGAGCAGGAGGCGAACCCAUCACCGGACUACGGCUGCACCACUCGGAGCCCGGAAGGGCCAACACCAUCGAAGUGGAUGACUGCGACUAUCUGCCGGCGGGCGGUGCCCAGCAGUUGGUGUUGCUGGAGCAGCUGGAGCAACUGCAGCAGCUGGCCGCUCUGGCGGCAGCAGACUCUCCACCCAUUUCGGCGGGAAUUGGAUUGCAGCCACCUCACCAGGUUUUGGUGACCGAUGCCAACAGCGGCCAGCUGGUGGAACAAUUCUACGUUGAGCCCGGCACAAUGGCCGAGGAGAUGAUGGAGCCACUCGAUCCACUCGAUCCCCAUGCGCACUUGCAUCCACAUCCCGUCUUCUACUCGCCAUCGCCCCAUUUGCCACCACAGCCAUUCGAAAUCGAUAUCGAUACCAUCUAUCCACCACGACGGUCCAACGGACAGAAACCGAACGUACAAGCUACCGCCGCUGCCUAUCCGCUGCCGCUGCUGCCGAGCUUUGAGCAAUUCAAGCGCAUUACCACGCCCAUCACGAAUUUCUUCCGCAGCUCCUCGCCCGCGGGCGUCCACCCCCACGCCCACGACCACGCCUCCACGACGCCCAGUUCGCUGGUGGGCUAUGUGCGCGACCACCAGGACAAGAGCUGCAGCCACUGCCAGAAUGGAAGUCAGCCGGUGGUGCUCUCCACGCACCACACCCUUCACCUGACCGCCGCCGGUUUGGCGAUCGGCGCUUGCCAGGAUCCCUGCUGUCUAGCGGAUGCCCAUCCGCACCCGCAGCACCAGCCCAUGGGCUACGGGGAGCCACCCACUUCGGAUCCUGCGAUGUGCGGAGAGUGUGUGGAUCAGCACUUUCUGGGCGGACUAACGGGACCGCAGCUGAACCUCGGUGUGGUUCCCACUUACCAUGUCCACACGCCCACUCCGAAUGCCCAUCGGCGUGCUAGGGGACAAAUGGCCACGCCUGCACCACCGCCCACACAGUCGGUGCUGCGCCUUUCGCGCCAGUUGAGCGAAGAUGCCCUCGUGGCUGCCGUUCCCAUUUCGGAGGCCAAGGCGCAACCAACCUCGAUCCUGAAGAAACCGAAGCUGGAGCGAAGGCGACUCUUUCACGAAGGACAAUCCCGGUCGCUAGACUACGAUGAUCUGCACACGAAAAGCUGGGGUCGCCGUCGGAUUCGGUACGAGGACGAGGUGAUGCCCUCGUCUGGGGACUAUCCCUAUCCCCACCCGAAUCCGUAUGCCGGCCACUCACCCACGGCGGCGAUGUCGCGACGCUACGGAUCGGAGACCAAUAUUCGACAGAGUUAUAUGGGUGCAAACGUGGAUGCCAACCAUCCGCUUAGUCACUCGCAUUUCCUGGUAACCGAUGACAAGAUAGUGACCAUUACCUACGACUCGGAUGUGGGCUGGACGCGACGGGGCGUGGCUCCAUCGCUCUUUCGCGGAGCUCACCGUCAACGCGGACUGGCGGAUCCCAGAAAUCACAUGUCGCUGGAUUUGCAGCGAACGAGUCAACAGAAGUUGUACGGACCGGCGGCGCCGUAUCUGAAGCGUCGCAGGAAUCUGCCGCAUCCGCCUAGUGCGCAGAAUGCCCACAACUUUUCACCAAUGGAGCCGGGAUCGGGAAUGGAUGGGCUGAAUGCUGCGGCAGCGGGAAUGGUGGAACAGGGCAACGGAAUGGGUAGCGGUGGUGCACACAACACUACCAGUACACACAAUAGCAACCACCACAAUAGCCAAGCGAGUAGUGUUAGUGUUAGCCAAAGUCACGAUCAACAACUUCAACAACAACAACAAUUACAACAACAAUCAGUUAGGCAAAAAGGGAAAGAAGGCACCACCGCCAUUAGCGGAUCGAUGAUGGCAUCGGAGCAGCUGACGAAAUCUAGUAGUGGGAGCGGUGGUGCAACAUCUGCUGCCGCUGCUGGGCAUCUUGUCGUCGGUGGUACUAAUGCUAAUAAUGCUUCUUCUUCCUCUUUUGCAAAUCCCCAACCAACACCACAACAACAACAACAACUUCAUGGAUCACCCAACAAUCUCAACAACAAUAACAAACGUGCCCCAUCAUCAACACCACAACAAAACACGAACACCAUAAAUGACGCCAACAACCCGACGCUUGACGCCACACAUCAACAAUCACAACAACAACAACAACAAUUACAACAACCACCAAAUACAUGCACAAAUCAAAACACGAAUCCAACAACCACAUUAACAACAACAACCACAACAUCGUCGAAUGCAACGAAUGCGGCGACAACGACAACCGCAAAUGCAACAAAUGCUACAACAACUGCCACAAAUCCAACAACAACAACGAAUAACACGAACGAACCAAACGCAACAAAUACAACCACAACAACGAACGCUAAUGCUGACGCCGAUGCGGACGCGGACGCGGAUGCUCCGCUGGACGCCAUCGACUGGGACGCCAUCGAUGCGAUGCUGGACGACGACUUCAGCGAGUACGACAAGGACAAGAACGGGGCCGACGAGGCUGGUGGCUCCAAGUCAGCGGAGGGUGCGGGUGCCGAAGAUAAAGUCGAUGGCAGCCUCUCGGACACCGCAAACGAUCGGAAGAAGGGCGGCGGCGUCGACCAGGAGCGUUCCCCAAAAGGAGGCAGCGGCAUGGGCAAGAAGUCGAACUCCACCUCGCAGCUUUCGGCCACAGGUCGUAAAAGACGUAUGGGCUUUGGAAAGAAGGGUAAGAACUCGUUCACGGUGCAUCGCAGCGAAGAAGUGCUGCCCGGCGAUAUAACGCGGGAACUGCGAACCGGUGGCGGAUUGGGCGUCAGUCUCGGCGGUGCCGGUGGUGCCGCCGGUGGGUCAGGUGGUGCCGGCGGGGGCGGCCUGUCCCGCGGCUCGUCCUCGGAGGCGGACGCCAUCGAACAGUUCUUCGGCGAUGGUGCCGGCGGGGAAAGAUUCUCCCCUUCUUUGCGCAACGAUGGAGCCCUCAAUGAGUUCGUGGAUGGCCUGGGACCUGGUCAACUGGUUGGUCGCCAGGUGCUGGGAGCUCCCUCACUGGGCGACAUCCAGCUUUCGCUGUGCCACCAAAAGGGCUGUCUGGAGGUGGAGGUGAUACGGGCCAGGGGCUUACAGCAAAAAGCCCAGUCAAAAAUGCUGCCUGCUCCGUAUGUAAAGGUGUACCUAGUGUCGGGAAAGCGCUGUGUGGACAAGAUGAAGACUUCCUCGGCUCGACGCACCCUGGAUCCACUGUACCAGCAGCAGUUGGUGUUCAAGCAGUCCUACACCGGUUGCAUACUACAGAUUACCGUGUGGGGCGACUAUGGCCGCAUCGAGAAGAAGGUGUUUAUGGGCGUGGCGCAGAUAAUGCUCGACGAUCUGAAUCUGUCGAAUAUCGUGAUCGGCUGGUACAAGCUCUUUGGCACCACCUCACUGGUCAGUUGUCCCACUAAUAUAGGCUUAGGCUCUAGGCGCUCAUCCAUAGCCUCACUCGACUCACUCAAACUUUAGAUCUAAACUAAACUAAACUAAACUGCAACUCGACUAAAACCCAGAUUAUUUCAAACUCGAUUCGUACAAGAAUACAAAAACAAAAGUAAAAUAGAGAUUUCGCAAAUCGCAAAUUUGAUAAACAAAAAACACUUGCAUAUAUUUAUAUAAGUCUACACACAGAACAUAUAUUUAUAUAGUAUUUAGC